UAACAUGAGCUUAUAAUUUUGUAAGGGACUAUAUGCACUACUACUCGACUCUUAGUUAGGGUCACCGCCUCUUCGCGGUGCCUGCUAUCUAUUCUGUUUUCAAAUUUUAUUGCUAAGAUGUUUGUAUUUAUUUUAAAUGUUUUUCUUCGAAGGGAAGCUGAGAGUUGUAUUUCGAGUGGAAAACUUUGUGAACUUCAUUGGUUUCAACGUUUGAUUUGAUUUUGUGUUUUUUCCUCUCUGGGAAAAGAUACACGUCCCUUGGCUACGAGAUGUUACAAAUUCAACGAUUUUUUGUCUUCGAUCUGAAUAAGCAAGAGGGUGAAAGGAAAAUGAGGCCAAAUUUUAUCUGCCCGCAUACAACAUCGCGCGAAUGUUUACCCACGCGGUCAAUUCAUCAGCCACGCCAGAAUAUGUUGAAGCACAAAGCUCUUGUUCCUGUCCUUUAUUCUCAAUCAACUCAGAGCACCAGUUUUUACACGAAGAAGAGAAAUUAUGUUAAUUGCUGCGAUACCUUGAAAGUACAGAGGAAAAGUUACUCACCUUUGAUAUGUACAGCCUCGUGGGAUUCAUUUUCAGAGCCUGACUUCAGUCCAUCAACAUUUUAUAGCAAGAGAUACACCAAGCAAACGGACAACCCACUAUGUAGCCCUGUCAACGCCUUUAGCGAUUCCUCCAGCAGCCAAAUACAGGAAAAUGAUUUCGGACGAGAGCUGAUUGUUCUUGUUGUGCCGGCAAUCUUGACACAGGCAAUAGAACCAAUGGCACAGUUGAUGGAGACAGCCUACGUUGGCAGGUUAGGUCCGGUGGAGCUAGCUGCUAUUGGAGUUUCAAUUUCAAUCUUCAAUCUCGUUUCAAAAUUAUUUAAUGUUCCACUUGUGAAUGUCACAACAUCAUUUGUAGCUGAAGAUGCUUCAAGAAGUAUCCAAAGAGAUAAUAGUCAUGAAGAGAACAGUGACCUUCAAAGGCUAGUUGGUGAUAGAAUAGAUAAGAAGCAGUUACCUGCAGUUUCAACUGCAUUAGUUCUAGCAGCUGCUCUUGGUAUUGUUGAAGCUGCUGCCUUAGCUUUUGGAGCAGGGUGGUUUUUGAAUAGCAUGGGUAUACCUGCUGAUUCACCAAUGCACCUUCCGUCACGGCAAUACCUUGCUUUGAGAGCCCUUGGUGCACCAGCUGUAGUAGUUUCACUUGCAGUGCAAGGUGUAUUCCGUGGUUUCAAGGACACAAAGACUCCUUUAUAUGCCUCAGGGGCCAGCAGCAUAUUGAAUGCAUUGCUGUUUCCUCUUUUCAUUUUCACUCUUAGGUUUGGUGUUACUGGAGCUGCUCUUGCCACUGUUAUCUCACAGUAUUUUUUUGCGUUUGUGCUUUUAUGGAACUUGAAUAAGCAAGUUAUACUUCUACCUCCCAAGCUGGAGGAACUUCGGUUUGAUCGAUACUUGAAAUCUGGUGGCCUUUUGUUAGGAAGGACAAUAUCUGUACUUGUGACCAUGACUUUGGGCACAUCGAUGGCUGCUCGACAGGGCCCUGUUUUCAUGGCUGGCCAUCAGAUUUGCUUGCAAAUUUGGCUGGCAGUAUCUCUUCUUACAGAUGCACUGGCACUUGCUGGGCAGGCUCUUAUUGCUGGGGCAUUUACAGAGGGGGAUUACAACCUUGUCAAAAAAAUUACGUUUAGUGUUUUGCAGAAAGGACUGGCAUCUGGCGUUGCCUUAGCUGUGAUCCUAUUUGCAGGCUUUGAAUCCUUUGCUAAAUUAUUCACAAAAGAUGCAGCUGUCUUGGAUGUCGUAAAAUAUGGGAUUCUGUUUGUUGCAGGAUCUCAGCCAAUCAAUGCACUUGCAUUUAUAUUUGAUGGCCUUCACUAUGGUGUGUCCGAUUUUGCAUAUGCAGCCUACUCAAUGAUGAUUGUUGGAACUAUAUCCUCCACUUUUCUAGUGUUUGCACCAUCUUAUUUGGGUAUAGCGGGAGUUUGGUCUGGGUUGGCUCUUUUCAUGGCUUUGCGCAUGGUUGCUGGAAUUUGGAGGUUGAUGGAUAAAAAUGGACCUUGGGGGUUCCUGAGACAAGAAUUUGAGAAUGUGGAGGUUCACUAUUGACUACGGAUCUUCUUAAAAAGUUGCUCACAAGAAAUUCAAUUUUGAAGCAAAGAGUUGCGAUUGGUAGCUUCUGCAGAGUGAAUGUUUUCUGUGCUGAUCAAUUUUAUUCUUACUGUCAUACCCAUCAAGCUUUUGACACCUAAGAGGUUGUCCAGUUUUUGUCUAAUUAUUUUUUUCUGUUUUUUUUUGGUGCUCCUGAGCUCUUUUCUUUGUAAAAGAUGGUAUAUUGCAUAAUGUAAUGCUAAAUGUGGUAUGGUAAAAAAUAAAGUCCAAGGUCUUCCUUGAGAUCUCCACUCACCUGGAUAGUUAUUGACUUUUUUAAAUGGCUGAGGGAUAAUUACCUUAUGGUUUGAUUUACUUUUAAAAAAGAGGGCCACGCAAUCCUUUUUUGGCAACUCAGAUGAGACUCUGUCUUUCUCUAACUAGUUUACAUGGUGCAUCUACACAUAGCAGUCUCUUUAUUUCUAAAUUUAUUAUAGCAAUGUUUUAGGUUACUCACCGUUACAGCCACAAAUUUGUUGCUUCUGUAGUUUUUCACAACGAUUGAUUUGUUAGUAGCAUUUCUACCAUUGUAACCAUUCUUGUAAUAAGAAGAUAAGAACUACCAUUGAGCAUUUUCUUGAAA